AAACUCCUCACUUAGGACGCUGAGGAUGAAUGCAAUGAAACACAGCCUCACAGCGCUAAUCAACAUUUCCUGCACCAUCCCAACAAUGUCCAACUUACAGCUCCGCUAUUACAAGCUCAGAUCGGUCAGUUCAACUAUGUUUACAUUGUGUAUUUAUGUAACAGAGCUAGAUUUAACACAGAAUCGCAUACAAAUCAUCCACAUCAAUGCCUUCAGAUCUCUUCCGGGUCUGAGAAUCUUAAGUCUGAGUCAGAACAAGCUUUCAUCUGUUCCAGUUGCAAUAAGGAACCUUCCAACUCUUAGAGAGUUGAAUCUCAGUGCUAAUAACAUCAGUAGACUUGGAUGUGAUGACUUUGCCAAUCAAACCAUGCUCAGACAGCUUAGCCUUUAUAACAACAUGAUCUCAGCUCUAAAUGAGUGUGUUUUCAAGGAUUUAAUACGAUUACAAGUUUUAAAGCUACAAACCAAUCACAUUUACAAAUUAAAUGGUGCUUUCCAAAGACAUUUACCGAAUGUUAGACAACUGUAUUUGAAUGCAAAUAAACUGACUAAUAUUAAAUACGGAGAGUUUAAGGGUUUACACUCCCUCCAAAACCUGUCAUUACAUGACAACCAAAUAAAAACACUUGAAAAGGGGUGUUUUAUUGGACUGACGAAUCUUACCGAUAUGUUACUACAGAAGAAUCUUAUUACACAAAAAGCAUUAAAUAACGGUAGCUUCAAUGAUCUGAUCAGUUUAAGAAGACUAGAUUUUAGAGAUAACUAUAUUAAAUUUGAAAACGAUUCACUUUUGCCUAAUCCACCAUUUUCUCAGCUGUCAUGUCUGGAGACCUUGGCUAUUCCUUCACAACAUGGCAAAGGGACAUCCAAAUUGCCUCGCAACCUCCUGCAAGGCUUGACAAAUCUGAUAGAGUUCAGUGCCAGGGACAUUCAACUUAUAUUCUUGCACAAAGACAUGUUGAUUUACACUCCUCAGCUGCAAACACUUGACAUUAGCUCAAAUGACCGCAUGAAUCACAGUCUAGAUUUGUUCUCUCAAGUUCGAAACCUUAAAAGUCUCUACAUAUCUAGAACAAGUCUUCAGUCUCUAGACUUUCUUAUAGGUGCCAACCUUACCAAGCUGGAGUUUUUACAGGCAAGAAGAAAUCAAUACUCAGUUAUCAGUGAAGAAAUAAUAAAGUCUGUACCAGCUCUUGUUUAUAUGGAUCUUCAAGGCAACAGUUUUACCUGUGACUGUAAUAAUGCCUGGUUCCUCAAAUGGGCAGAAGACAACAACCAAACCCAAGUUUUUGAUGCCUUCAACUUUGUUUGCAACUUUCCUCUGGACCUCAAAGGUAUGAAACUGUUGGACCUUGACAUCCGGUCUUGCUCAGUAGACACUGAUUUCAUCUGCUUUAUCUCCACCACAUCUAUGACUCUCUUUUUUAUGGUGGUGUCCUUCACCUACCAUUUCCUGAGGUGGCAGUUGGCCUACGCCUACUAUCUCUUCUUAGCUUUGCUCGUUGACACAAAGCAUAAAAACAAGCAGGCUCCUCAUCAGUAUGAUGCCUUCAUCUCCUACAAUAUCCAUGAUGAACCAUGGGUCAUCGGAGAGCUGGUACCGAAACUGGAGGAAGAGCAGGGCUGGAGACUGUGUCUGCACCAUCGAGACUUCGAACCAGGUAAACCCAUCAUAGACAACAUUACAGAUGCCAUCUAUGGAAGCAGGAAGACCAUCUGUGUGAUCAGUCGCAGAUACCUUGAGAGUGAGUGGUGCUCCAGAGAGAUCCAGGUGGCCAGCUUCCGUCUGUUCGAUGAGCAGAAAGACGUGCUGAUUCUGGUGUUUCUGGACGAGAUCCCAACUGCUCUGUUGUCUCCUUACUACCGCAUGAGGAGACUGCUGAAGAGGAAGACCUACCUGAGUUGGCCUCAAGCCGGAGAGAACACUAAGGUGUUCUGGGAGAAACUUUGCCAGGCUCUGAAGACCAGAGAAGAUGUUGGUGGGGACAGGCUCCUCCUCACUGUUGGGGACAGACCAUCAUAGACAUGAAACACAGUCCUCUUUCUGUGUCAGUUACAGAGAUGGACAGACUGACUGCUCCCACAAGUGAAACCACUGCAAAUCGAUCGCCCCCUGGUGCCUGGUUGCAGUAUGGGUCAUAAAUCCCACCGCCUCCACGGUAGUGGACGGGGUUGUGAGCCAAAAUAAAAACUCAAAGUACAAAUGAAAUACAUUUUUCCCAGAGGUUAUUUCU